AUGGUCAUGGUGCUGUAUAGAAAUGGCACCUUUUUUUACACAGAAAGUCCCAGCACUCCAAAGAUUUUCGAGGGCCCGGUACCUUGCGUCAUCACCACGGACUUGGAGCUUCUGAAAGAGGUGUUUAUAAAGCGAUUUAGCUCAUUUCACGGAAGGAAGUUUUUUCCCGUUCAGCCGGAUCCUGACGACGCUCACGGCAUCAGUAUGGUCACGGCAGAAGGACCGCGCUGGAAAAGACUGCGCAUGAUCACCAACCCCACCUUCUCCGUGUCCAAGAUGAAACAGAUGUCGCCACUCAUCAAUGAAGCCGUGACGUCAUUCUUAAAGACAUGUGAAGAGAAAGCAAAAGAGGGAAAACCCUUCGAUAUCUACAAGGAGUACCAAGGGUUGACGAUGGAAGUCAUUGCCUCAUGCGCGUUUGGACUUCAAAUCAACACAAUCCACGACAAGGAACAUCCGUUUCUUGUGGCCGGAAGAGAUUUCUUCAACAAACUUGGGAAGGAUUCGAUGAAAUUCUAUAUGAUGAUUCCUGCCAUAUUCCCUAUCCUGCGGCGGUUAUUUUACGCUAUGCUGUACAUGGCGCAGUGUUACAUGCCUAACGAACCGUCCGGUCGCUUACGAAAGUUCGCCAGGGAAACCAUCCAGUUAAGGAAAUCCGACCCAAAGUACCGAAGAAUGGACCUCCUCCAGCUGAUGAUCGACGCCACUCUGGCGGGUAACAAGGAUCAAGUCAGCCGCUCUAACUCUAGUGAAAACGGUGAGCUCUCGUUUGGUGGCGCUAAGGAGCAGGAAGGGACCAACGGUAUAGCUGGUGUUGAUGGGGAGAUGAACGGCGUCCAGGGUACGGCGGGAGAUGUAGCUAAUGGCACUGGGAAUGUGAAGACCAGCCCGCAGAAGAGUGGAUUGUCUAAAGAGGAAAUCGUUGAACAGUGCCUCGUGUUUAUCAUAGCUGGUUACGAGACCACCAGUACGGCGCUCGGAUACUGCUCCCACGAACUAGCCUUGAACCCCGAAGUUCAGAAACGACUGCAGGCGGAAAUAGACGAACAACUCGGCGAUGAGGACCACAUCAACUACGAGACUAUCCAGAAGCUGCCGUACCUGGAGAUGGUAUUCUGUGAAGCACUGCGGCUGCAUCCCAUAGCAACCACUUUCAUCAACCGCCGCUGUAUGGAGCCGUGUACGGUGAAUGGUCUCCAUAUUCCUGCUGGUCUCUCCGUGCAGGCAGACGUCCUGUCUAUACACGCUGACCCGGAAGUCUGGGGGCCCACUGACCCGUCUGUGUUUGAACCUGAACGUUUCAGCCCAGAAAACAAAGCCACCCGUCACCCCAUGGCAUGGCUCCCGUUCGGAGCAGGCCCCAGAAACUGCGUGGGCAUGAGGUUCGCCAUCUUGGAAGCUAAGAUCGCUCUGGCAAGAGUUCUGAAACACUUCACCAUCGAGCGCUGUGCCGAGACAGAGGUGCCGCUGAAGAAAGUAGAGCGCGCCACCACCGUCCCCAUGAACGGAGUCACCGUGAAGCUGGUAAAAAGAGAGAUUUGAUUCGCUGAGAUAAUUUAUAUUUUUGAAACGAAGCAUUUGAUUUGAUAGCGGAGUUGGCGAUGUUGUGGGAAAAAGACAUGUCGUUGGAACACAAAAAAGAGAGGUGCACUUUAUCUACUUUAUUGGCAGUGAUUUCAGUCUCUGUAAUAAUCGUGAAACAGGGAUUUUCAGUGGCUGAAUUAUUUAGGGAGCAACAUGUAUGUCACUAUUUUUAUUUGAGGAAGUCACGUGAUGUAAAUGACGUGUAUUGACGUGGUUUGAAUUAUUAGAUGGAUAGAGAUCAAGAUUUAAGCACACUGCCAGAACGAGAAUCCUCAAAAUGCGCUAAUUAACUGUUUAUCAAUGUUCUGAACAAAGUACUUUUUGGUUUUUCGUUUAAUUAUUGUUAUUUAUUCAGGUAGGCUACUUCUUUAUUUUAUAUUGUACUGAUGGAAAUUAAUUUUCAAAAUACCCCGUAUACUAGCAGAUAUUACUACAUACAUUCCUCUAACCGUAUAGUCUCUAUUGCCUGUAUUAUUUUGGUAGAAUAGUUAGCGUCGUUCUCGUGGAAUAUACUAUUGCACUAUUUGUGUACAGUCGUAUUAGUAUAUCAUUAAGUCACUUACUUAAAGCCUAGCUAUUAUGCUACUGCAUUAAAACACUCACUCACGCCGUUAUUACUGAUAUCACAUAAGCUAAUUUUUAUCCUUGUCACCCAACUGAGUGAAAAUAUCUGUACUUUUACCAUAAUGUAUCAAAAAUGUCUUAUAAAAUCUACACAUAUGGUAUUAAGGUGUACAAUUGUUGUGUUUAAUAUAAAUAUGACGUGUCUGAUUGUAUGAAAUACUCGGUAUAGCUGUAACGUUGGUUUCCUAGCAUUAUAUUGUUUAUUAA